AUGACGACCAUCCUCACCGCAGAGCACCCAGCCAGGCCAACGGUCUUCAGCACGCUCGCGACCUCCUCACCCUCACCUCCAUUCCCGCGCCCCGACAGCAACCACGCCCACGCCCACGCCCACGCCCGCCCCCAGCACCACCGCAGCACACGACGACGAGCGCGGCGCCCAUUGCAGGCGUCUGAGGAAGAGAUGGCUUCGCAGCUGGAGACGGUGUCGGCGUUUGUGGAAGGCGCGCCGCCGGGAGAGUUGGGUGAUGUUAUUGCAGAUAUCAAGGCGCUUACGGUCGAGAGCCCGGAGCUCAUCGGCCAGCUUGGACCGGCGUUUGAGAAGUACAAUGAGGAGCAGUUUGCGACUGUGAAGUUGCCGGGGGGAAGCCAACAGGUUAUUGUGAGCUCGCACAACUCGCUGGGCGAUGGACGAUACUUUGAUGUGGAGAACUCGUCCAGUUUUGAGUUCGAUCAUAGCACACAGAAAGCAAGCAAUGUCCAGAGCUACGUGCUGGAGAGCGCCAACUCGGACCUCAUCAAAUCGCUCAUCAAGAGCUUAGCAAAGCAUGCCGAGGACCAUUACCCGAACUCAUCAUACGGUGUCUACCCUAUUGAAGACGACUCGAAGAUUGCCAUCCUCCUGGUCGCUAACAAAUACAGCCCCAACAACUUCUGGAAUGGCCGUUGGCGCUCGCUCUACAUUCUCUCGUCCUCCUCAUCUCUCGUCGGCAGCAUCAAGGUCGAUGUCCACUACUACGAAGACGGCAACGUGCGACUACUGACUACCAAACCCGUGUCACUGUCGGUCUCGUCGAGCACGGCUACAUCCAUCGUCCGCGAGAUUGCUGUCGCAGAGAAGAAGUACCAGGAGAACCUGAACAAGGGAUUCACCAGCCUCAGCGAGGGAGCAUUCAAGGGACUCAGAAGGCAACUGCCCGUUACCAGACAGAAGGUGGAAUGGGACAAGAUCGCAGGAUACAGACAUGGUCGUGGUAUCGCCAAGUCGGCUGAAGGGUUCUAG